GUACUAGUCACUUCCUAUGUUUAAAGCAUCCGCCAUCGGUAUCCGCAGUGAGGGCCAAGAGGGCGGACUUUGGCGAAUGGUAGGACGUUCCUACUCAAACAUACGAUCUUCAGGCAUCAUCUGACACCCAGGAAGCACCACCUCCUGGAGAUAACACCUGAAGACAAGCCUGCAACUGGAUACCGGCUUGCUAUCGCCACCACCAGACCCCCAUGGGACGUCUUCUUCAAGUAGAGGAGUCCCAGUGAAACCUCUCUGUCUGUAUCUGGAGGUGAUGAAGACACCAGCUCUGGUUUCCAGCCAGGCCUUCAGUGCGUUCCUCCUUAAGCACUGUCCUGUUGUGGCCGAGCGCUUCAGUCCCACUCCGUGGUGCUGGGGGGGGCGGCUCCAAACCCUGGUUUGCGCCCUCCUCAAGUCCAGACCCCAUGUCACGUAUCGCAAUGAGCUGAUCCGAACUGUUGAUGGGGGUCAGAUCUCUCUGGACUGGGUGGACAAUCAGGCAAGUGCGACCUACCCAGAAUGCUCUUGCCGUCCCACAGUGCUGAUCCUCCCGGGCCUCACAGGGAACAGCCAGCAGUCCUACGUGCUCCAUGCCAUCAGCCAGGCCACCUGCCGCGGCUACAGAUGUGUGGUGUUCAACAACAGGGGCGUAGGAGGAGAAGAAUUACUGACGCCUGUUACCUACUGUGCAGCCAAUACCUCUGAUCUUGAACGUGUAGUGCAGCAUGUCAGAGGACUUUACCCACAUGCCCCUGUGCUUGGCGCUGGUGUGUCUUUAGGAGGCAUGUUAUUGUUGAACUACUUGGGUCGUAAGCGUUCAGACUCAGGAAUGGUGGCGGGUUUAACCAUCUCUGUCCCCUGGGAUGCACACAAGUCCUCCGCUUCAAUGGAAGAACCACUCAACUGGCUGCUCUUUAACAAAUACCUCACCAAUGGCCUGUGCCGUGCUGUCACCAGGCACAGGAAGAUACUGGAGAAAGUUGUUGAUGUUGACCACGUCUUGAAGGCACGGACCAUCCGAGAGUUUGACGAACGCUUCACAUCCCUGCUGUUUGGUUAUAAAACUUGUUCUGAGUAUUACUACGACGCCAGCCCUGACAAAAAGCUCCCAAAUACAGCAGUACCCAUCUUGUGUCUGAAUGCUGCUGAUGACCCCUUCUCUCCCCAGAACGCCUUCCCAUUGUCCAUCGUCAAGAGUCUGCCUAAUGUCGCUCUGUUGUUGACGGCCCAUGGCGGACACAUCGCCUUCCUGCAGGGCUUGUUUCCCCGGGGUGAGAGCUACAUGGAGCGUGUGUUUGGCCAGUUUAUCCAAGCUGCCUUUGAACACCCCAAGGACAUUAUGAAAGCAUGUGACAUUGAGGAAGAAGAGCUAAGCUGAUCAUCUUUCACCUCAUCACUACGUUUGUACCCUGAACCUGAGCGAAUACCCGAAUGACUGCUACGCAGUUGCAGAGGAGGGGAAAAUCACUGGCAUCACCACAAUAAAACGCAACAUAUUGCAACAAGUAAGAGAAAUGCAUUGCUCAGCUUUGCAUGCCGCUUUCUUACCACAGAAGAGUUUGCACAGGGAAUGACCAACUGCAUUGUACAAUCCUACAACCUCACUGCAGCUAAGCUAAUCUACCUCCUUACCCUCUCAGGUUGUCUUCUAAUGAGCAAUCAAAGAAGGUUUAGAUAAGUUGAGAACUUGAGCACUUACAGCUAAUUGAUGUGUGAAUGUUUAAUAUUGUAUCCACACUAAAAAAAAUAAAAAUAAAUACACGUUUUUAAAUUAUUUAUCAAAAGAUUGCAAAUCGCUUUAAAUCAUGUUGUUCCUUCCACAUGCCGUCCUAACUUCACAUACAAUCUGUUCAAAAAAAAGAUGCACAAUUAUUCCCUGCUUGAAAAUGGGUGCUUUGAUUUUAGGAACUAUUUAAGAUUUUUUUUUUUUUAGGAUAGAAAUGAAUUGAUUGUGAUCAUUAAAAGUGAGGACUGAUUGUCCUUACUUGUGUUCCUUGAUGUGUGGUACAAUCCUUAAAGGAUUAUUUUUAUCCAAGGUGAAGCCUUGCAUGCAUACUUUACAAUAAAUUCUCUACGCACAAAGAAGUCAUAGUAACAGUCCAAGGUUGCCAAGCUAACAUUUCAGUUAUAUUAAAGCUGUCAAACUUGGACUUAAAACACCCACAUAGCAGGAAAAUGUAUAUAAAAAAAAGACUCAUGAAAUUGUAAUAUAAAUUUAUCAUCAGCACUUUUUUUUUAAAUUAAAAAAGAAAUCAGCUUGAUGUAAAAGAAUUGUACGCUUGUAUGUGCUUUUGAAGUAUUCUGGCUGCAAUGUCAAUUACGCAAAACAUCAAAAAAAGUAGAUCUGAGUUGACGCCAGUUAAAUCUCAGCAUGGUUCUCUGGGCAUUCAGACUUCUUACCAGUUAAAACAAUCCAAGUUAUUCCAAAUGAAUGUGUGCUUUACUUUGCCUUCUGUUAUUGAUAUAAUUGCACAUUAUUUAAACCGUGUUCACUUGAAGUUUUUAUGUAAUUAUUGGAUGUUCGACGGGCAUUCGUUUUUGAAUUGAAGCACUGAUUUUUGGUCUUCAUGUAAGAACCAGAUCAGGAUGUGAGAGCAUUAAUGUUUAGAACAAUUUCAGAAAAUGCUGAAGUGUUUAACUUUGUGUACACUGAUGAUGAUACAUAUUUAUUCACUGUAAACAUGAUGUUAUUCAUCUUAUACCAGAAGCUACAGCUAUUUGAUUCUAUAUGGUAAUUUUUUCAACUGUGAUUGAACACACGCCAUGAUAGCAAAUGUUGCUAAUUGCUGCCUUGUUGAGUUUAGGUGCUCAGUGUCUGCUUGCAGUAUUUUACUUGCCUUUCUUUUUUUUUCACUUUUCAGUUAUACCCCCAUUUCAGCUGGAACCAACCACACAAUGUUACCACUUUAAGGGGAGUUUGGGCAUUAUGAACCAUAUGUUUUGGUUUCCACUUGUUAAAUGAUGCUUGAAAAUAAAGAAUGGCAAUAAAACAAA